AAGGUUGGAUCUAUAAUUAGCAAGAGGCCUUGUGUAGUAUAUAAGCCCAAGGAGAACAGGUCACUAUGCGGCUUCACACUAUCUUCACUUCUUGUGCUUCUUAGGCUUCACACCGUCACAUACCGUCUUGACAUGUCACCCAAGAAGGCCAAGAGGAGGGCAGGAGGAGGAGAGGGUUCCUCCAAUGUCUUCUCCAUGUUUGAGCAGAGCCAGAUUCAGGAGUACAAGGAGGCUUUCACAAUCAUUGACCAAAACAGAGAUGGUAUCAUCAGCAAAGACGACCUUAGGGACGUGUUAGCCUCAAUGGGACAGCUGAAUGUGAAGAAUGAGGAGCUGGAGGCCAUGAUCAAGGAGGCCAGUGGCCCAAUCAACUUCACAGUUUUCCUGACCAUGUUUGGAGAAAAGCUGAAGGGUGCUGACCCAGAGGAUGUCAUCGUGUCUGCCUUCAAGGUGCUGGACCCCGAGGGCACUGGCAGCAUCAAGAAGGAAUUCCUUGAGGAGCUUCUGACCACUCAGUGCGACAGGUUCUCUGCAGAGGAGAUGAAGAAUCUGUUUGCCGCCUUCCCCCCAGAUGUGGCUGGCAAUGUUGACUACAAGAACAUCUGCUAUGUCAUCACACACGGAGAGGAGAAGGAGGAAGAGUAAAAGACAAGGGGAAAAAAGAAAAUGCAUCCGCUGCUUUUCUCUCCCAGUCUGCUCUUUGUCCUCCUUCUCUUACUUUGUGUUUCUUCCUCCCUUUCUUCCUUUCCAUCCAUCUUUGUCAAUCUCAAGCACUUACUCUCACUCUCUAAAACAAAGACUUGUCUCAUCGAGACUUAAUCAGGAGGGUGGAGAGGCUCAUGACCACAGUGUCUGUCAGUGGGGACAUGGGAUUGUUUUCAAUAAAAUUAUCUUUUUACAACAUUUCCAUAUCUCUCACAUACUCUCUCUUUCUCCGUUUCUCAUUACUCACCACCUCUCUUUCAUUUUUCACUUUUCCAUCACUGUCAAAAGCAUGCAUUAAAGUUGCAGCAUCUUCUGCUAUUGUCUUGAGGACUGGAAUGAAGACAUCUCAUGCUCUUUUCUGCCUUUGGCUUAAUCAGCUCUCUAGCUAUAUCUGGAAGAGUGUUGUGAGCCCGAUCUGGGGAAACAGAAGCAAGACAGUGAUCUCACUCUAUAAUAGAGGAACCUGUAAUCAGUCUAGUUUAGUUCCCCCACCGGUUGACUAAUGGUGAAAAAAUGACCAAAUGAGGUUUGUACUGAGAGAGCUUGGUUUCCUAAAAGUGAUGCCAGCCUUAUCACUGAGAGAGCGAGAGAGACAGACCAUCCAAGGAAAAGAGGAGGGUGGGGACUGAAAGAAAACAUAUCCUCUUCACUCCCCCUCUCCACUGAACUAUAGCUCUGUCCAUGUCUUUUUUUUUUUUUUUAUCUACCCACUCUUUUACUUUCUGCAUCUGGGCCUGCUUUCCUCUGUCAGAUACUCUUCUGUAACCAAUAAAAAAAAAAAAACUAUGAAUAAAACAUCUAUCUUUUGUA